UGUUCCUCGCAGCUUGGCUUACCCCAGGCUAGGAACAGGUCACUCCAUGGGCCGACACGACAUCAUCAACGUCCACCAAUCCUCUGCAAAAACCUAGCUUAUACCAUGGAAAUUAUCGAUGACGAUCCGGAGAAUACCCCAAGCAAAGCCUCAUCCCCGCAAUAUAGAUCGUCUUGGCGGACUUGGGGUUCGGGGUAAAGUACACCGACUAUAGGCCUCGGCGCAAUUUAUGCGGAGAUGGGUUUUCUGGUUGUACAAAUAAAGUCCAGGGGCAAUUGAGAAAAAAUUUAGCUUCCGCAGUGAAUCUGGAGUCGUACCUUCACCAUGAUUUUCUCUGUUGUCUCAUUGCUCGCGGCCGUGGUGUCAGCGAAGUACAUCGUACCUGGCGGCCGCUGGCGCGACACUGCCGGCGAAUUGGUCAAUGCCCACGCUGGCUGCGUGACCCUCGAUUCGAACGGUACUUUCUGGCUUUUUGGCGAGUACAAAGUUCAGGGUCAAGUUGAAGGCGGCGGUGUCUCCGUCUACUCUUCGACCGAUCUUGCGACAUGGGAACACCACGGCCUUGCGCUCGAGCCCAUCGAGGGACAUCCUUAUAUCGCACCUAAGCACAUCAUUCAACGCCCGAAAGUCGUCUACAGCGAAGAGACUGGGAAAUGGCAUAUGCAUUGGCAUGCGGAUGACUCCAAGUAUUCGCUGCUGCUGCAGGGUUUCGCGACGAGCGAUAGCCCACAGGGACCCUACGAGUUCGAGGGUGCGAUCUCUCCAUUGGGCAAUUGGAGUCAGGAUUUCGGUAUCUUUACCGAUUACAAAGACGGCCGAAGCUACUCCCUUUACUCGAAUGGUGACCGUCGUGAGGGCCGCGAUGUCUACCUCACGGCAUACGACACUGCGGUUCAGAACCUCACUGAGGUCGUGCACCGGUUCGACAAAUACGAUCUUGAAGCGCCUACCAUCAUCCAGACCGAACAGAGCUACUAUGCAUUGAUGUCGCACAAGACUGGAUACAGGCCGAAUAACGUCGUGGCGUUUCGCGCUGACAAGCUCGAGGGACCUUGGUCGCAGCCAUGGAUUGUCUCGCCUUUGAAUACUCGAACAUACAACUCGCAGUCUGGCUUUUCAAUCCGCAUCAACGGCACGGAGAAGACUACCUAUCUGUACAUGGGCGACCAGUGGGACAGCAACAGCUUGUGGGAGUCUCGCUACAUCUGGCUGCCCAUGACCAUCGAUGACGAGAAGAAGGACCUUAGCGUUGAUUGGUAUGAUGUGUAUGACCUUGAUGUCAAGUCUGGGGAGGUUACACCCAUCGAGGGCAAGCCAUACUUUGCAUCCGACGCCGAGACUGCUGGUGAAGCAUUCCACCAAGAGGCGAAUUUCGCGAGCAACGGCGUCAUUGCCACUGGCAUCUACGGCAACGACUCCACUGUGACCUUCUCAGGCAUUGAGGGGGCCGGCGUCCCGCAAUGGAUAAGCUUCUACUACCAAAACAUCGACGACAUGGGUUUCGGCGACCAGCCCGGUGGCACGCCCGAUCGCAUCAAUGGCACCUGGCAGCUACGACGUAUCAGCAGUGUUGUCGUGAACGGAAAGAAGGACGAUGUUCAGACGUUGUUCCAGCGUGAUACACACAAGGGAAUAAUACUCUCAACCCCCUUAGAAUUGACUCUGAACAAGGGAAGCAACAAUACCAUCACGGUUGGUGGAUUAUGGAAUGGAUUCGAUACCAAGGGUGCAGAUCUUGAUAGAAUUGUUGUCUACCCGCCAGAGUCGAAAAGUGGCUAUUGA